AUGGCAUCGCCAGCUUCUCCCCGCCUGCCUAGUCCCCCACCGAUUGCCGAAGACCAGCUGUCGCCCGUGCCAGCCUCUCCCGAGCAGCAGAAGUUCUUCAGCAAUCUCGAUCAUGCUGCUGCGCGACGGAUACGGCCAGGAACGAAGGCGGAGGACAUGGCAGAGGGUCCACCGCUGGUAGAGCUGUCAGAGAUCGACUCGGCCUUCCAGCUCACCGAGCACCUCAAAGCCCUACACAACUUCCUCACACACCCAAUAGGCUCGAACAGCAAGAUUCCAGUGGACAAGGAGAUGGCUCUCAAGCUGGCACAGCCGCCAGAGAACGUGGACAAGACGUUGUGGCUGUACGAGCUGUGCCGGUUCCUCACCCAGAAGGUCAACUCGAUCAUCGUCGCCCUCUUCUCCGACACACCGCCGUGCUCCUCGAUCACGUGCCCUGAGAUGCGUGCGUCUGAGUGGCAGUACCUCUGCGCUGUGCACGACCCGCCCAAGUCCUGUUGCGCCAUCGACUACUGCUGCCAUACGCUCGAUUGGGCUGCGAACACACUCACAUCGCCGAAACACUUCCCCUCGCGACUUGCUCUCGGCACCGACCAGUCUACACAGCACUCGCAGAUACGGCAGUUGACCAACAUCUUCAGACGAGUGUAUAGAAUAUUCGCGCACGCGUGGUUCCAGCACCGAGAAAUGUUUUGGAAGGUAGAGGGAGACACAGGGCUGUACAUCUUCUUCAAGACCGUCUGCGAUGUCUACGGUCUAAUCCCCGAGGACAACUACACCAUUUCUCCAGAGGCUGAAGGUAUCGAGCUUCCUACAGAAAAUAUAUCCUCGAUACCACCCUUGAUCCUGAAGCGCGAGCCAUCUGAUUCUGGGCCACAAGAGAAGGAGAGCUCUGGAAUCAUUGAGGGGCUCUCAGAGCACACAAUUUCCACUGCAGGGACAACGAAGCGGCACCGACAUUCGCCUUCUGUGGGCGCAACGUCUGUCACAACGGUGGUGGAAGAGGCUGAAGAGGAGGAGGCCCAGUCGGCAAAGGAAGUCUCGAGACCUGUCACACAAACCUUCGAGUCAACCCCAGAGGAGGCCGAGGAGGCCGAGGAGGCCGAAGCUGAGCAGCCUGAAGAGACCACGGAAGCCGAGACCGAGCCUGAAGCUGCCGAAGAAUUAGCCUCACAAGACUCCCACGCUGCUGAUGAGGCCGAAAAAGCAAGCACCGAGAGCAAGGACGAAGCGGACGCUGAGGCUGAGGUUGAGGCUGAGGUUGAGGCUGAGGUUGAGGAUGAGGCUGAGGCUAAGAAUGAAGAAAGCCCAGACGAGGAGCCUGCGGUGAAGGAAGAGUCUGCUUCAUCAGGAUUCCUAGAACUGGCCCCAGAGGAACACAAGACCACCAACGAUGAAAACGAGAAGCCUGCAGAAUCGACGGAGAAGCCGGAGAAGAAGGAUGCAGACGCGGUAAAGGACGAAACUGCCUCAGAAAGAGCCGAUGAAGCUGAUAAGGCUGACAAGGCUGACGACUCCAAGGAGAAGAAGGCAGAUGCAUGA